AGUGUUCCGGGAUAACCGGUAAAAACUGUCAAUUCCAACCAUGUCCCUGGAGGAGAUCCAAGCCGUCAAGGUGAAGCGAAAUUCGCUGCGAGAGCGGCUGGAGAAGCGCAAAAAAGAACGCCAGGAUUUGCUCGGCGGCGGUGGCAGCAGCCCCGGGCCAAGUGUCCUCAUUAAAACGGAAGCUGGGGCUGGUGGUGCCGGCGGGGACGACAAGAGCAAGAUUCUGCUGACGGCGAUCAAGUUGGAGCAAGAUAUUGACGCGGAGGUUGAGAAGGCGCUGGUUCAGGUGUUGGCCGAUCGGACCGCUAUUUUGCCGACCAAUUCGUCCCAGAUUGCGCAACGGGUGGAGAAGUUGAUCCAGAAGCCGACGCCACACGAAACGGUGCGGUAUUAUUUGCAGAAGCUGUCCGGGCAGCACUUGGUCAGCGUGAAGGAGGUCAGCAUUGGGGGAAGCGUCGGGUACGAGGUCAUUUCGGCGGAACACGGAGCGCUGCAGACGCUGCACGAUGAAGUGCUGAUGAAUCAUGGUGAGGACCGGGAGUCGGCCAAAAGGAAAGCGAUCAAGGAGGAGAAGGAUUUGGACUCGAAGGUGGCCCGGUUGACGUCUUCUGGGGGAGGUGGGGACUCGGUUGGUUCGUCGUCGUUGGCCAACACGUCGGACGACAUAAUGUCGCUGCUGUCGAUGCCAUCGACGCGGGAGAAGCAGAGCAAACAGGUUGGGGAGGAGAUUCUGGAACUGCUGACGAAGCCAACGGCCAAGGAGCGAUCGCUGGCGGAGAAGUUUAAAUCGCAGGGAGGAGCGCAGGUCAUGGAGUUUUGUCCGCACGGAACUAGGAUCGAGUGUUUGAGAUCGCUGGAAGCGGCAAACGAUGCGCAUCUUCACAAGGACGACGACGAUGAUGAUGUUAUCAUUAGCGGGGACGACAACGGAGUGUUUGAGAUCGUAGAAAUCAAGAAAGAUCCGGACGCCGAAAAGAUCAAGUUCCAGUGCAACAAGCUGCACUUUAAGAAGAUCAUUCAAUCCCACACCGACGAAUCGCUUGGGGAUUGCAGCUUCCUGAACACUUGCUUUCACAUGGACAGCUGCAAGUACGUACAUUACGAAGUGGACACUUACGGCCUCAACACGAGCAGUUCCAAGUUCGAUCCGGAAACUUCACUGCUCGGAGCCAAGCGAGUUACCAACGAUCCGUGCGCCACCCUCUACCCACCUCAGUGGAUCCAGUGUGACCUGCGCUAUCUGGACAUGACCGUCCUCGGCAAGUUCGCCGUCGUGAUGGCCGACCCGCCCUGGGACAUUCACAUGGAACUGCCGUACGGAACCAUGUCCGACGAUGAGAUGAGACAGCUGGGCGUGCCCGCCCUCCAAACGGACGGUCUCAUCUUCCUGUGGGUCACCGGCCGUGCCAUGGAACUCGGUCGCGAGUGCCUCAAGCUGUGGGGCUACGAACGCGUCGACGAACUGAUCUGGGUCAAGACGAACCAGCUGCAGCGGAUAAUCCGCACCGGUCGGACCGGCCACUGGCUGAACCACGGCAAGGAGCACUGCCUGGUGGGCAUGAAGGGCAACCCGCCGAACCUGAACCGCGGCCUGGACUGCGACGUCAUCGUGGCGGAAGUGCGCGCCACCUCGCACAAACCGGACGAAAUCUACGGCAUCAUCGAGCGGCUCAGCCCGGGCACGCGGAAGAUCGAGCUGUUUGGAAGGCCGCACAACGUGCAGCCGAAUUGGAUCACGCUCGGCAAUCAGCUGGACGGCAUCCGGUUGGUGGAUCCGGAGCUGAUCAGUUCGUUUCAGAAGCGCUACCCGGACGGGAACUGCAUGACGCCCGGAAAGAAUCCGUAAGGAGCAACGCUCUAUCUCACACACUUUACAAAAUAACAUUGACGAAAUGAUGAAAAUUUUAAUAUUUUAAGCAUUAAAAAUGGCUUCAAUAAAGUAUUUCUUUGAUAACGGUAAA